CAAUAUUGCUAACUCCACCAAAAAAAACUUAAAACAUUCUCAUUGCCUCAUCAAAAGAUCUUCUAGUUUUAAUUCCUCUAUGUGGUAAUAAAGCAUGGAAGGUAGUGAUAUGUUUAGAGUUAGCAGUGCAAGGAUAAGUAGUUCUAACAUAUGGAGAAAUAGUGGAAGAGAUAUUUUUUCUCGAUCUUCAUUAGAUGAAGAUGAUGAAGAAGCACUGAAAUGGGCUGCUAUUGAAAAACUACCAACAAAUCUUCGAUUAGAAAGAGGGAUAUUAACUGAAGAAAAAGGGCACCCAAGAGAGAUUGAUAUCAAGAAUCUUGGAUUAGUUGAAAAAAGGAAUCUUUUGGAAAGACUUGUAAAAAUUGCAGAAGAAGAUAAUGAGAAGUUCUUGUUAAAGCUUAAGAAUCGCAUUGACCGAGUUGGGCUUCAACUUCCAACUAUUGAAGUCCGGUUUGAGCAUUUGAACAUUGAUGCAGAAGCCUAUAUUGGAGGGAGGGCACUGCCAACCGUAGUUAACUUUAUGGUUAACAUUUUAGAGGGAUCUUUAAAUUAUCUUCAUCUUUUUCCAAGUAGAAAGAUCCCUUUACCAAUUCUUCAUGAUGUUAGUGGUAUUAUUAAGCCUGGAAGGAUGGCGUUGCUUUUAGGUCCACCAAGCUCAGGAAAAACUACAUUGCUUUUGGCUUUGGCUGGAAAACUUGGGUCAGAUUUAAAAGUAUCGGGUAGAGUAACUUAUAAUGGACAUGGAAUGGACGAAUUUGUCCCUCAACGUUCGUCUGCUUACAUAAGUCAACAUGAUCUUCAUAUUGGAGAAAUGACAGUAAGAGAAACAUUAGCUUUCUCUGCUAGAUGCCAAGGAGUUGGAGCAAGUUAUGAAAUGUUGGCAGAAUUAUCGAGAAGAGAAAAGGAAGCAAACAUUAAGCCAGAUCCUGAUCUUGACAUCUACAUGAAGGCAGCAUCACUAGAAGGACAAGAGGCUAGUGUUGUCACUGAGUAUGUUAUCAAGAUUUUAGGCCUUGAAGUUUGUGCUGAUACUGUAGUAGGGGACGAAAUGUUCAGAGGUAUUUCUGGAGGCCAGAAAAAGCGAGUCACAACAGGGGAAAUGAUGGUGGGACCAGCAAGGGCAUUGUUCAUGGAUGAAAUAUCAACUGGAUUAGAUAGUUCAACAACUUUUCAAAUUGUAAAUUCCAUUAGGCAAUCAAUCCACAUUCUUCAGGGCACUUCUGUAAUUUCACUCCUCCAACCGGCUCCAGAAACUUACGAACUAUUUGAUGACAUCAUCCUUCUCUCAGAUGGACAAAUUGUUUACCAAGGUCCACGCGAGAAUGUUCUUGAGUUCUUUGAGCAAAUGGGUUUCAAAUGUCCCGAAAGAAAAGGAGUUGCAGAUUUCUUGCAAGAAGUGACAUCAAGGAAAGAUCAAGAGCAAUAUUGGACACGAAGAGACCAUAGCUACAGUUUUGUGACAUCAAGAGAGUUUGCUGAAGCAUUCCAGUUAUUUCAUGUUGGAAGAAAUCUAGGAGAUGAACUUUCUACUCCGUUUGAUAAAAGUAAAAGCCACCCUGCUGCUUUAACAACAAAAAAGUUCGGUGUUAGCAAAAAGGAAUUGUUAAAAGCUUGCACUUCUAGAGAGUAUUUGCUCAUGAAAAGAAACUCCUUCGUGUAUAUAUUCAAGAUGACACAGCUUAUUUUCAUGGCUACCAUUACAUUGACACUGUUCUUAAGAACCGAAAUGCCAAAAAAUACGUUGGUUGAUGGGACAAUUUUCAUGGGUGCUUUGUUUUUCAUAUUAGUCAUGAUUACAUUUAAUGGAUUCUCAGAGUUAGCAUUGAGCAUUAUGAAACUUCCUGUGUUCUACAAACAAAGAGACCUUCUCUUCUUUCCUGCUUGGGCAUACUCUAUACCUACAUGGGUUUUGAAGAUCCCAGUGACAAUUGUUGAAGUUGCCACGUGGGUGAUUAUGACUUAUUAUGUCAUAGGAUUUGAUUCAGAUCCUGGAAGGUUCUUCAAACAAAUGUUUUUGCUCAUUUGCAUUCAGCAAAUGUCGUCUGCUUUAUUUCGUUUCAUGGGAGCAUUGGGAAGAAAUAUCAUUGUUGCAAACACAUUUGGAUCAUUUGGGUUGCUUACUAUUUUUGUUCUUGGUGGAUUCAUCUUGGCAAGAGAUGAUAUUAAGGGUUGGUGGAUAUGGUGUUAUUGGUUUUCGCCUAUGAUGUAUGGACAAAAUGGUGUGGCUGUUAAUGAGUUCCUUGGAAAGAGUUGGUCAAAAGUUUUACCAAACACCACAGAAACAAUAGGUGUCACUAUCCUCAAGUCACGUGGAAUUUUCCCAGAGGCAAGAUGGUAUUGGAUAGCCGUAGGUGUUUCAAUUGCAUACGUUUUCAUCUUCAAUAUCUGCUUCACCUUGGCUCUUGAAUACCUUAAUCCAUUUGGGAGCUCUCAAACAGUUCUAUCUGAAGAAAGCAUGGCAGCAAGAAAAGAUAUGAAAGCAACCCAACCAAUUGAAUCAUCAGUUAGAGCUCCAUCAUCAAUACCAAUGUCAUCAAGAGUGGGAAGUAUCAAUGACACAGAUCAAAACAAGAAACGUGGAAUGGUUCUACCUUUUGUCCCCCUUUCAAUCACAUUUCAUGACAUCAAAUAUGCAGUGGAUAUGCCUCAGGAAAUGAAAGCUGAAGGUGUAGCACAAGAUAGGCUAGAGUUAUUAAAGGGUGUGAGUGGUGCUUUCAGGCCAGGAGUUCUCACAGCUUUAAUGGGGGAUUAG